CUGUCCCCUCUCACCUAUCGCUCCUCACCUAACGCCCUCACCUAUCGCCUCUUACCUAUAUAUUUUCACCGAUCGCCCCUCAUCUAUCGCCCCUCACCUGUCGCCCCUCACCUUCCGCAUCCCACCUAUCGCCUCUCACCUAUCGCCCCUCACCUUUCGCUUUUCACCUAUCGCCUCUCACCUAUAUCCUUUCACCGAUCGCCCCUCAUCUGUCGCCCCUCACUUAUCGCCUCUCACCUGUCGCCUCACACCUGUCCCCUCUCACCUAUCGCUCCUCACCUAACGCCCUCACCUAUCGCCUCUUACCUAUAUAUUUUCACCGAUCGCCCCUCAUCUAUCGCCCCUCAUCUGUCGCCCCUCACCUACCGCAUCCCACCUAUCGCCUCUCACCUAUCGCCCCUCACCUUUCGCUUUUCACCUAUCGCCUCACACCUGUCCCCUCUCACCUAUCGCUUCUCACCUAACGCCCUCACCUAUCGCCUCUUACCUAUAUAUUUUCACCGAUCGCCCCUCAUCUAUCGCCCCUCACCUAUCGCCCUUUACCUUUCGCUUUUCACCUAUCGCCUCUCACCUACCUCUCCCACCUAUCGCCCUUCACCUUUCGCUCCUCACCUGCCGCCUCUCACCUACCGCCUCUCACCUAUCGACUCUCACCGAUCGCCCCUCACCUAUCGCCCCCCACUUAUCGCCUCUCACCUAUCGCCCUUCACCUUUCGCUCCUCACCUACCGCCUCUCACCUAUCGCCUCUCACCUUACGCCUCUCACCUAUCGCCUCUCACCCAUCGCCCCUCACCUUUCGCUUCUCACCUAUCGCCUCUUACCUAUAUGCUUUCACCGAUCGCCCCUCACCUAUCGACUCUCACCGAUCGCCCCUCACUUAUCGCCCCUCACUUAUCGCCUCUCAACUGCCGCACCCCACCUAUCGCCCCUCACCUUUCGCCUUUCACCUAUCGCCUCUCACCGAACGCCCUCACCUAUCGCCCCUCACUUAUCGCCUCUUACCUACCGCAUCCCACCUCUCGCCCUCACCUGUCGCUCGUCACCUAUCGCCCUUCACCGAUCCCCCCUCACCUGUCGCUUCUCACCUAUCGCCUCUUACCUAUAUCCUUUCACCGAUCGCCCCUCACCUAUCGCCCCUCACUUAUCGCCUCUUACCUACCGCAUCCCACCUCUCGCCCUCACCUGUCGCUCGUCACCUAUCGCCCUUCACCGAUCCCCCCUCACCUGUCGCUUCUCACCUAUCGCCUCUUACCUAU